CCAGAAUACUCCUGUGUGCAACUGCUUGCCGGUAUUUCUUUGAUCUACGGGCUGAUGGGUUUGCUGGCAGCAUUUCACCGAGGCCAAAGGCGGAAGCAAGCAUACGCUCCUUUGUUUAGUGAUAGCCGAAACAAUAGAAGCUAAUGCCCAGAUCGGAGGAGCACGUUAAGGCUGGAAUAUAAACUGAGCCCUGGUGCCUGGGGAUGGAUUGGGCUGUAGCUGUGUAUGAUAAACAGCAGAGAGCCCUGGAGAGAAAACAGCUGGAGAAAGCCCAGAGUCAACGGGGAGCAUGAGAGCGCUUGCAGGACAGGCCGGCGGCGAGACGAGAAGCGGCUUCCCCAGCGGGACACAGGCUGCGGAGGUCAGUCAGCAAUGGCUGCAGCAGAAAUUCCCAGUUACAUUGUUUCUUCUCAGACUGAGAAACACAGAAGGGCCAGAAACUGGACUGAUGCAGAAAUGAGAGGUUUAAUGCUGGUUUGGGAAGAAUUUUUUGAUGAACUGAAACAAACUAAAAGGAAUGCCAAAGUUUAUGAGAAAAUGGCUAACAAACUCUUUGAAAUGACUGGAGAAAUUCGCCACGGAGAGGAAAUAAAGAUAAAAAUUACAAAUAUGACAUUCCAGUACAGGAAAUUAAAAUGCAUGACUGACAGUGAAACGGUUGCACCUGACUGGCCUUACUACAAAACCAUUGAUAGGAUCUUAUCCAAAGUGACAGACCACAGCGAUGUGAAAAUGCAUGAAAAUCAGCAGCCAGGUCCUUCUACAUCACAGACAGAGGCCUCGCAGUCCCCAUCGGCUAAGUCUACACCUCUGUACUUGCCAUAUAACCAGUUUACAUAUGAAGGAAGGGAAGAGUGCUUUGAAGAUGAACAUUCAGAGAGCUCAUCCAGCUUACUUUCUUACAAGUUGAGAGCUGAAGAAAGACCAGUUAAGAAAAGAAAAAUGCAAAGCUGCAGCUUCCAAAAGAAGAAGCUAAAAAUAAUGGAGGCUAUGUUGGAAGAACAAAAGAAGUUAAGUAGAGCUAUGGAAGAAACCUGUAGAGAAGUGCGCAGGAUUCUGGAUCAGCAAAACAUCAUUCAAGUUCAAAGCUUACAGCUACAGGAGAGAAUGAUGAAUCUACUGGAGAAAAUGAUCUCCAAAUCUAAUGUUUAGUUUCCUUUGUGAAUGCCUCUGAGAUUAUUAGUGAUACUAUAGACAUCCCUUUAUUGCACACCUUAUGUGUGUCUAUUGCCCUAUUCCCAGGUUUUCCAUGGAAAUUAAAAUCUUAGUGUAAUCAUAGUUAAGCAAAGAGAAGAAAGAGAUAAUGCAGGGUGUGAGCUAUUCAGUAUGAGAAAACUAGUGCAAUAAAUGCCUAAGUUGAAGUAUUUUUAUACAAAAGGUUAAGGGAUGAAUAGCUCUGGGAACUUUUUUCAGUACUAUUUAUGCCUAGGUCAGGUGUUGUUUUACAAACAGCAGUGUUGUAUGUUGUUUCACAUCAAGGACUGCAGCCUGACCUGUUGUAGGAGAACAAAGCACUGUAUUUCUAAACAUGCUAAUUGCAUCUUGACUUUGCUGAAGAGUAAACCCUGUUUUGAAACAUAUGCAGUGAUUGUACAAGUGACCUUUGGUUCUUGUGAAGAGCUACUUGGGACCAUGAGAUGCAUCAAUUUAAACUCCAUGCCUGAUAUGAAUAGUACUCUACUAUGGUAAAAAAACACUUUUGAUAAUAAUAACAAUAAAAAAACCCAAACCAACCUUAUUAUAUACUGAAUACUAAAAUGUAUAGAAGAUACUUGAAGUUGCUUUUGAUAUUAAAUGUAUAAUUUUUUUCAUUAUUAACUGGAAUCUGUUGACUUAAUGAACAACCAGCAAUGAAAACUCAUUUAUUCUCUAUCACAAAAGAAAAAUAUUGUAAUGUGUGUAUAUACUUAUAUAUAUAUAUAUAUAUGUAUAUAUAUAUCAAAUGAAAUAAAGAAAAAGAAGAAGCUUA